ACGUUUGUGCAUCACUUCUUUCCAGAAAGUUAAGUCUGUGUUCUGCUUCGGAGAGAUAACACUUUCUGUCCCUGUAGGUGGCCCCUGGUGUAGCCAUUAGUUGCUAAUUACUUGCAAACAAAUAAACAAUUAACUCCUUAAACUGCUGGCUGGGCAAGUGUUCAUUGACAUGCUAAAACUUCCUAAGACAGGAUUGUAAUUAGUGGCGUUCUGAACCCAGCCCCCUUGUGAGCGGAGCUCUAAGGUGAAGCGCAGGAAGGCCUCAGCCCUGAGCGCGGCGCAGAGCCACGGAGAGGCCAGCCUGUGUGCAGCCCAUGGCAGGAUGUCUCCCAGCCUUCAGGAAGGUGCCCGACUUGGGGAAAGCAAACCCUCACCCUGCUCCUUUUCAAUUGAGAGCAUCUUAGGACUGGCCCAGAAGAAAGACUGCGUCCCAUCAGUGACACCCCACAGGCCCUGGGCCGACACCUGCAGCCCCUCAGGGAAAGAUGGUAACACAUGUUUACAUGUCCCGAGCCUUCCCAGUGGGAUCGCAUUCCCUUGCAUUCUGGAUCCCCCAAUGCCAGAAGAAAGAGCUUUGAAAUAUGAAAAUUACUUUUCAGCCUCAGAAAGACUGUCUUUGAAAAGAGAAUUGAGUUGGUAUAGAGGCCGAAGACCCAGAACUACUUUUACUCAAAACCAGAUUGAAGUGUUGGAAAAUGUCUUUAGAGUAAACUGCUACCCUGGCAUUGAUAUCAGAGAAGACUUAGCCCGAAAAUUGAAUCUAGAGGAAGAUAGAAUCCAGAUUUGGUUCCAAAAUCGGCGUGCAAAGCUGAAAAGGUCCCAUAGAGAAUCACAGUUUAUAAUGGCGAAAAAAAAUGUUGACACAAACUUCCUGGAAUAGGUAGAAAACUAAACAUGUGAAAUUAUCUUCUAAUUGCAGAGCAUGACAAAUGAAUGGAACUAUAAAGUGUUGAAAAUGUGAUUUUUUUCUUUCCUGCAUUUAAUUUGAAUAUUAUCAUUUUUUUCUGAAAAUAUAUUGUAAAUAAUUACUAUUAUAGCAUGGUACAUAUUCUAUUUGGCCACUUUUAGUUACAAUAAAGACAUUUCCUAUAUAUUUUAAUAAACAUUUUCAGAAAAGAUGACUAUUUUUUAAGUGAGCAAAGUUAAUCUAAUAAAUUAGUUUGCUAAAAUCAA